CACCAAAUCCCUCUCGCUCUCUCGUCCUUGCGUCGCCAGCUCUCUCUCCUCCUCAAAUCCCUAAUAUUCCCAAUUUUGGGGGCGCCAUCCGAGAGCUACUGCAAUCAUGUUGGUUUACCAAGACCUACUCUCCGGUGAUGAGCUUCUCUCGGACUCGUUUCCGUACAAAGAGAUCCAGAAUGGAGUAUUGUGGGAAGUUGAUGGAAAGUGGGUUGUUCAAGGAGCAGUUGAUGUAGACAUUGGUGCAAAUCCUUCUGCUGAAGGUGCUGAUGGUGAUGAGGGUGUUGAUGAUCAAACUGUUAAGGUGGUUGACAUUGUUGACACCUUCAGACUCCAGGAGCAACCUCCAUUUGAUAAGAAGCAGUUUGUCACAUGGGUGAAGAGGUACAUCAAACUGUUGACCCCAAAGCUUGAGGGAGAGCAGCAGGAGAUAUUUAAGAAGAACAUUGAGGGAGCAACCAAGUUUCUGCUUUCCAAGCUCAGUGACCUCCAAUUCUUUGUGGGGGAGAGCAUGGGUGAUGAUACAUCUUUGGUCUUUGCCUACUACAAAGAGGGUGCCACUGACCCAACCUUUAUCUACUUCGCCCAUGGUUUGAAGGAGGUCAAGUGCUAAGAAGCGGCACAACUGGCUUUGAGCAAAGUGUGCUUGGUGUAAUAUUAGUCUAUAAUGCUUUUUUGGAUCAGGAGUCUAUUUUUGCUUGUUGGUUUCUUUAAGUAUGUUCUGAAUUGGCUUCAAGCCUUCUAUCAUUGUUGGUUUCCGAAUUUCGAUAUCAAAUUUCUAAUUUAAUGAGUUAUACUUUGGUUGAGAUAUAA